AUGCAUAGUGGCGAUUCUUUCCGGGAUCAUCUAAACAAAGCUCUCCAAGCCUUUGCAUUACAAGUGGAAAAAACAAGUCAGACAUUUAUAACGCUCCUGAAAGAGGCUGUUGGUCGAGCUGACUCAAUUUUUACGCCUUUGCAGAGGACACUUCUUUAUGUGUUGCUAGCAUUGGUAUUGUGCACCCUAAUAAUAAUAGGCUACAGUUGGAAAAUUUACGGAAAGGUCAUAAACGAGAAAUUUGUGCGACCUAGUACCCUUAAGGAGAUCGAAGAGCUCAAACUGUCUGUGGAUAAGUUGAAACUUCCUAAGGAACACUCGCCGAGAAUUUAA